AUGCCUGAUGAGACACCCCAGGUGAUGCGUGAGGCCACUGGGUACCCCCAGCUCUCAAGUGCACACACAGGAAAGGACUGCCUGGAAAAGGAAGGGAAGGAGCGGCUAUGGAUCCCACCAGACACACCGAGCAGGUGCACCUGGCAGUUGGGCAGGCCUGCUGCCCAGUCUCCACAUCACCAUGUCACCUUGUCAACCACCCCUCAAAUUUUGCCAGAUAUCCUGAAGAAAAUUGGGAAUACCCCCAUGGUCAGAAUCAACAAGAUUGGAAAGAACUUUGGCCUGAAGUGUGAGCUCUUGGCCAAGUGUGAGUUCUUCAAUGCUGGGGGGAGCGUGAAGGACCGAAUCAGCCUGCGGAUGAUCGAGGAUGCAGAGAGGACUGGGACCCUGAAGCCUGGGGACACCAUCAUCGAACCUACUUCCGGGAACACAGGGAUUGGGCUGGCCCUAGCUGCAGCUGUGAGGGGCUACCGCUGUAUCAUCGUAAUGCCUGAGAAGAUGAGCAAUGAGAAGGUGGAUGUCCUUCGUGCCCUGGGGGCUGAGAUCGUCAGGACUCCCACCAGUGCCAGGUUUGACUCCCCUGAGUCACAUGUGGGCGUGGCUUGGAGGCUGAAGAAUGAAAUCCCUAAUUCUCACAUACUGGACCAGUACCGUAAUGCCAGCAACCCUCUGGCUCACUACGACACCACUGCCGAGGAAAUCCUGCAACAGUGUGAUGGGAAAGUGGACAUGCUGGUGGCCUCCGCUGGCACAGGUGGCACCAUUACGGGCAUUGCCAGGAAGCUCAAGGAGAAGUGUCCAGGCUGCAAGAUCAUCGGAGUGGAUCCUGAGGGUUCCAUUCUCGCCGAGCCGAUGGAACUCAACCAGACGGAUCAGACGGCCUAUGAAGUGGAGGGCAUUGGCUACGACUUCCUGCCGACUGUGUUGGACCGGACGGUGGUGGAUAAAUGGUUCAAAAGCAAUGACGAGGAGUCCUUUGCCUUUGCCCGCAUGCUGAUUGCCCAGGAGGGGCUCCUCUGUGGUGGCAGUUCAGGCAGUACCAUGUCCAUCGCCGUGAAGGCCGCCAAGGAGCUACGGGAAGGCCAGCGCUGUGUGGUCAUCCUGCCCGACUCUGUGAGGAACUACAUGUCCAAGUUCUUGAGUGACCGGUGGAUGAUGCAGAAGGGCUUCAUGAAGGAGGAAGACGUGGUGAAGAAGCCAUGGUGGUGGCACCUCAGAGUCCAGGAGCUGAGCCUGUCUGCCCCGCUGACCGUGCUGCCCACGGUCACCUGCGAGCACACCAUUGAGAUCCUCCGGGAGAAGGGCUUCGACCAGGCACCCGUGGUUGAUGAGACAGGGGUGAUCCUGGGGAUGGUCACUCUCGGGAACAUGCUGUCAUCCCUGCUUGCCGGCAAGGUGCAGCCUUCAGACCAAGUCCAAAAGGUCAUCUACAAGCAGUUCAAACAGAUCCACCUGACGGACCACCUGGGCCAGCUCUCGCACAUCCUGGAGAUGGACCACUUUGCCCUGGUGGUACACGAGCAGAUUCAAUCGCAGGACCAGGCCUUGUCGGGCGUGGUGGGGGGGCCUGCAGAUCACAGCCAUGGCAAAUCCAGUAAAAGGCAGAUGGUGUUCGGGGUCGUCACCGCUAUUGACUUGCUGAACUUUGUGGCUGCUCGUGAGCGGAACCAGAAAAACUAA